AUGAGAAACCAACGAAAACCCAUGAAACGUUUGGGACGAGCGCGACCGGCAACCCAACGCCUUCUACCAGAUAUUACCUCUGAUACGACGCCAGCACUUGAAGCUUCUACAAAUAUGACGGAAUCGACUCCUAGUUCGACACAGGAUAUCGGAUACGAUAGUUUACCAAACGCGGCAGGGCGAGCUUUGGGCGCUAAUUACCCGGUUCGAUUUCCAUCAAUUGUGCCAAAUGGUUACGCCCUAGCUCCUGUCUACUUGCGACAGAAAUUCCUAGAUGGAUUCCCCAUUUUCAAAGACUUUCCCAGAGAGAUUCAACUGAUGAUCUGGAAACAGGCCGUUGACGUAAAUCCACGCAAUAUUCCAGUUGGAAUCAUGCCACAGUCAGGCCCAGGAGGAUUCAAGUUUCGAAUCGAUAUUCCUAUUCCAGAAGGUCCUAUGGCGUGCAAAGACUAUUACGAGACAGCCAAGAAAGGUUACAGUCUAUUGGAUGAUCGCCUGGAGGCUAACGAUAUGUCCAUAGUGCAACAUCUUCCAUCUAACUUCUGGUUCAAUCCCGCGAUUGAUAGAUUUUGUCCCGUCCAGGAGUGGAGCCCUCACAACUUUGAAGUGGGCCUCAAACUGUUCUUUCAGAUCCUUCGUGUUUCGAAAAUUGCGAUUGAUGACUACGUGACCGAUGACGCUCACCAUAUUGGCGAGAAAUGGCAGAAAUUCUUUCACGUGAAAGGAAUCCGUAAUUGGAGCCCACAUGUCAAAGAUAUAAUUUACUCCAUCACAUUUCAGCGUUUGAACACAGAUGUAGAACUCACCUUCGUACCUAAUGAUAGACCAUCAGACGACCCAGGUAGAUUCUAUUUCGAGAAACUUGUUCAUAUCUACAAGCAUUGGGACCAAAUUCUCGAUGCGAAAAGGGGAUACAAAAGGUUGGCCCGACUUCAGGCAGACCAGAAGUGGGAAGAUGAAAUGGCCGAAAAAGUGGGUAAGCCUACAGUCAAGCUCACUGAUGUUCCUCAAUGGCUAUUCGAUGUCGAGAGCGAUUGGUCACUUGCAAAAUCCAGGUUAAUGAUCGAGACUCGUACCUUUACAGCCCAUAAGCUCAUAAUUCUCCUAAUUCUUAUGCCACAAUGGAGAUAG